UCCAAGGAGGAGUGCAGUCACGUGAGCCCGGCUGUGGCGUCCGGCUCCGUGCUGUGAUGGUGGCCCCGGCUUACGGCAGCCCCGGUGGCCGCCUGGCCCGGGCGCUGGCCCUGGUGCUAGUCCUGCUGGUCGGGCUGUCUCUGAGCGGCCUGACGGGCGCCAUUCCGACCCCGGGGGGUCCCCGGGGAUCAGACGGGCCGGUCCCACCCGCCUCCCGCAGCCGCUCGGUGCUACUGGACGCCGAGACCGGCCAGCUACGCCUGGUAGAUGGCCGCCACGCGGACGCUGUGGCCUGGGCUAAUCUCACUAACGCCAUUCACGAGACCGGGUGGGCCUUUCUAGAGCUGCGCACCAGUGGCCACUACAAUGACAGCCUGCAGGCCUACGCAGCAGGCGUGGUGGAGGCCGCCGUGUCCGAGGAGCUCAUCUACAUGCACUGGAUGAACACGGUGGUGAAUUACUGCGGCCCCUUCGAGUAUGAAGUCAGUUACUGCGAGAGGCUCAAGAGCUUCCUGGAGGCCAACCUGGAGUGGAUGCAGGAGGAGAUGGAGCAGAACAAGGACUCUGCUUACUGGCACCAGGUGCGGCUGACCCUCCUGCAGCUGAAAGGCCUAGAGGACAGCUAUGAAGGCAGUGUGAUCUUUCCAACUGGGAAGUUCACCAUCAAACCCUUGGGGUUCCUCCUGUUGCAGAUCUCUGGGGACCUGGAAGACUUAGAGCUGGCCCUGAAUAAGACCAAGACCAAGCACACUACGGGCUCUGGCUCCUGCUCUGCCCUCAUCAAGCUGCUGCCCGGCCAAACUGACCUCCUGGUCGCCCACAACACCUGGAACUCGUACCAAAACAUGCUGCGUGUCAUCAAGAAGUACUGGUUUCAGUUCCGGGUAGGCCCCCAAGAGGACUCUCCCCUGGCUCCCGGCAACAAGUUGGUCUUCUCGUCCUACCCCGGCACUAUAUUCUCCUGUGAUGACUUCUACACCCUGGGCAGUGGGCUGGUGACCCUGGAGACCACCAUUGGCAACAGGAACCCAGCCCUGUGGAAGUACGUGCAGCCCAUGGACUGUGUGAUGGAGUGGGUACGCAAUAUCGUGGCCAACCGCUUAGCCGUGGAUGGGGCCACCUGGGCAGAUACCUUCCAGAGGUUCAACAGCGGCACGUACAACAACCAGUGGAUGAUUGUGGACUACAAGGCAUUCGUCCCCGGCGGGUCCAGCCCUGGGAGCGGGGUGCUCACCAUCCUGGAGCAGAUCCCGGGCAUGGUGGUAGUGGCCGACAAGACCUCGGAACUCUACCAGAAGACCUACUGGGCCAGCUAUAACAUACCGUCCUUUGAGACUGUGUUCAACGCCAGUGGGCUGCAGGCCCUGGUGGCGCAGUAUGGGGACUGGUUCUCCUACGACGGGAGCCCCCGGGCCCAGAUCUUCCGGCGGAACCAGUCGCUGGUGCAUGACAUGGACUCCAUGAUCCAGCUUAUGAGGUAUAACGACUUCCUGCACGACCCCCUGUCACUGUGCAAAGCCUGCGACCCCCAGCCCAACGCGGAGAACGCCAUCUCGGCCCGCUCGGACCUCAACCCGGCUAACGGCUCCUACCCUUUCCAGGCCCUGCACCAGCGCUCCCACGGGGGCAUCGACGUGAAGGUGACAAGCAUGGCGCUGGCCAAGGCGUUGCGUUUUCUGGCAGUCAGUGGCCCCACGUGGGACCAGCUGCCCCCUUUCCAGUGGAGCACCUCCCCCUUCAGUAACCUGCUGCACAUGGGCCAGCCCGACCUCUGGAAGUUCUCGCCCAUCGAGGUCUGUUGGGACUGAGACGCCACCUGUGCCCUGCUGCCUUCUGCCCCUGCUGACCCAGCAGGACCAUCCUCCGGCGGCCGCCAUGACCUCCUGCCCACCCCUCUGUGGCCUUUGCCCCCUGCUGUGCCCAAAGCUGGGACCUGGGUCUGCCAGGCUCACUCUUAUCUGGGUGUCGCCUCCUGGCGGGGGCAUGGAACCCCAUGGGGCCCAGAACUGACUCUCUCUCCCCCAAAGUGGGUGAGUGCCACCCUUGUCUCCCUCUGCCUCUGCACCUCAAUCUCUCUCAUUCUCUCUGUGUUUCUCUCUGUUCUCUUUGUCUGUCUCUCUCUCUCUCUCUCUCUCUCUCUCUCUCUCUCUCCCCCCCCCCACCUUGGGGUCCCCCCCUCAUGCUGCCCUUCCUGAGGGGUCAGAUUCUGAGGCCUCCAGUGGGGCAGGAGGGGCCUGUUCCUGUCCCCACCUCCCAGCGUCGUUCCUGCCAGUGGCUCUGGAGCUUGUGGGGUUUCAGCCUCCUUGAUCUGGGCAUUACUUGUGGUUGGCAUCUGCACUUGGCAUCACUCUUCCCGGCUGCCAGCCCCAACCCCUCUGCUCCCUUGGGAAGCAGCCCCCUGUUUCCCCUUCUGGGCAGCUUCCUCAAGGACAGAAACUUGAAAACAAACAAAAACCAAAGUUUCUGGCGACUUGUGGUUGGAGGGGUCAGGCCCCAUGCUCCAGCCUCACCCCCCACCCCCAACCUGGGCCUGCCCCUGGCCUCUGGGCAGUGCCCACAGCUGUACUGCAGUGGGAGCCAAAUCGCAGGCUGUGUCGCCAUUAAAUGAGAGAGGCUGUGGCC